CGCUGGACCGCUCAGAGUAUACACACACGCAAGCGGUGAGCACACCGGAGACGCUCGGUGGCUGACAGGAAAAGUUAGAGCCGCGAGGCGCUUUUCAUUCACGGACUCAAUAUAAGUCUGGAUACUUUGACAAAAGCUUUGUGAACAAUUUCCACUCAACAUAGAACAACCGACCAUCGCUUGGUGAAAGAAGUAAGUUCUGAUUCCUGUGUCGAGAAAAGUGCGCUCUCAAAGUUUGGAAGUUUUUACGCACAGAGAGGACGUUUGGAAACCAGUGUUUUCCUCCUCGGUAACCAGGAAGAAGAGAAGGGGGGACGGAAAGCUGUUUUUGUAGAAGACUGUGUAGCUACAUUCGGUUUUUGUUUUAUUUUUUCUUCUAUGUAUACCAAGAUGGAAACUACUUUCUAUGACGACUCACUCAACGCUUUCUCCCAGCACGACAACGCCGGCUACGGAUACAGCAACCCCAAAGCGCUGAAACACAACAUGACACUGAACCUCACCGACCCGCCGAGCGCUCUGAAACCUCACCUCCGCGCCAAAGCUGGCGACAUCCUCACCUCCCCCGACGUGGGUUUGCUGAAGCUGGCCUCUCCGGAGCUGGAGAGGCUGAUCAUCCAGUCCAGCAACGGACUCAUCACCACCACGCCGACCCCGACCCAGUUCCUGUGCCCCAAGAAUGUCACUGACGAGCAGGAGGGCUUCGCGGAGGGGUUUGUGCGCGCCCUGGCUGAGCUCCACCACCAGAACAUGCCGGGCACAACAAACGUGAGUGUCACCUCGACUCCACCGGCAACUGUCAACACUGCGCUGCCGCCUGUUUCAUCUGUUGCCGGUGCCACCGUAUACAACAACAAUGCUGCCAUGCGCUCUGAGUCGCCGGUUUAUGAGGACUUGAACACUUUCAACCCGGCCAUCAGUACCGUGUCGGCACCAAACUACACCACCUCAGCCCCCACUAUGUCCUUCUCUGCUGCCCCGCCUCAGCUUCCCAUCUACGGCCAGCCUUCCCCUGCCCAGCUCCCCCGGCUCACUGCGCUCAAAGAGGAGCCCCAAACCGUGCCCGAGAUGCCAGGGGAGACCCCUCCUCUUUCUCCAAUCGAUAUGGAGAGUCAGGAGCGCAUCAAGGCUGAGAGAAAGCGGAUGAGAAACCGCAUCGCUGCCUCCAAAUGCCGGAAGAGGAAGCUGGAGCGGAUCUCAAGGCUGGAGGAGAAAGUGAAGACCCUAAAGUCACAGAACUCCGAGCUCGCAUCCACCGCCAACAUGUUGCGCGAGCAGGUGGCCCAGCUGAAGCAGAAGGUGAUGAACCACGUAAACAGCGGGUGCCAGCUUAUGUUAACGCAGCAGCUCCAGACCUUCUGAGGUGGUGUCAGCGACAGAGGAGAGAGAGAAAAGACUGUAGUUGAAAGAAUAGGACGCUUCCUGUGGUAGUGAGUGUCUGCGACUCCCGAAAUCGUUCCGGUAUUUGGGAUGAUGUGGCGCGACACUGGCGGGACCGGGGACGGUACCAAACUGAGUGCCACGCGCUCCCCAGUGGCGCGUCCUAGAGAUGGGCUCAGGACUGUGACAAUAGCCAUGAACCAGAAGGGACAUGGCAACAGGCAGAAACCCCUUCUGUUUCUGUGUCGUGCUGUUUUUCUUUACAGAACUGGACAGGACUGACGUUUUCUUGAUUUACACCGAGCCCUGCAUGGACUUCAUCAUGACCAUCAAUGGAAAAACUCAGUAUUAGAGGAUUUUUUUUUUUUUAAAUCACACGCAAUACAGACUUUUCUUGCUGUAGCCAUAAUUAAUGGCCUCACUUUUUAGGCGUGUUGGUCAACUCUAAACGGCUGAAAAGUUGCAACAAAUGCUGCCUGACUCAUGAGUUAAAGUACAAUGUACAUUUUUUUCUUAAUUGUAAGAAAUUAAGUUAGAAAAGCUUCAAGAUUUACUUGUUUUUUUCUAAAGCUGUUAAUGGGGUUUCACUCAUUGUUAUAUGUAUAUAAGAUCAACUUGGAGUACUUAUGUUUACCAUUUGUAAUAAGAAUACUGUAUAAUUUUUUAUGUUUGUUUUCUGAGCACUUAAGAAAUUAAUCAAUAUUUAAGAAAAUAAACCAGAUAAAAUGAAGCAACAUCGCCUCUGUGUACUUGUAAGAGUGUGACAUAAAAAGUGGGUGUGCCACGAAGAAGUCAAACAAUAAAACAUGUUGCAACAUGUUGUAAGAGCUGCUAGUGCUGAGUACCUCAAGCUAAAUUCCAUUAGUACUGGUAUUGAUUGAAGCUGAGUGAUUGUGUUUCAGCUGGCAGGCCGGGCUCACUUACUCCUGAUGGAGGCCAGUUCUGCAAAUUGGGGUUGUAGAGUUUGCGAUCUCCACUUUUGUGUCUCAGCUCACACAGGCUCAGAAGAAGAAAAGUGUAACUGCCCUAUAAAGUCUCCCAUUGCUUUGAGCAAUAAGUAACAUUUUCACAUCAUGUAACACUCAGUCACAAUAGGCUAAGGUGUGCAACCCUUAAUUAAGAAAUCUGGAACUGAUUUGAUUAAUACAACAUCUCCCUUGCUAUUUCAUCAUUCAGUUAUUCACCAUUGCUCUGUCCUUUUGUAAGUAUUCAAAAAGGUUUCAGCAUGUCAAAGAAAAAAAAGAAGUGUUAGGUUCUGAAGUGCAAAUCUCUGUAUGGGAUAAAUUAAUACAAUAAACUGUGGCUUGGUGGGAUUAUGUA